AUGAUGCCACACCAAACCUCCAUCGCCACCAAUAAGCUUCUUCCAGCCCAGCCUGAAUGCGUGACGUCAUUUCCUGGAGUGCAGUCGUGAAUCGGAAAAGGUGCUGUUCACACUUGGAAGAUGGCCAGUGUUUAUCUCACGCUCUCGCUGUUCCUGAGUUUUUCAUUGGCGGUUGCUGUGGAGAUCCAGAGACCCAGGGGGGUGUCGCUGUCCAACCGGCACUUCUAUGACCAGUCGAAGCCCUUCACCUGCCUCGAUGGAUCUCGGACCAUUCCCUUUGACCGGGUCAACGAUGAUUACUGUGACUGCAAAGACAGCUCGGACGAGCCAGGAACGUCUGCCUGCCCCCGUGGCAACUUCCACUGCACCAACGCGGGGCACAGACCACAGUACAUUCCAUCCUCCCGGGUCAACGACGGCAUCUGUGAUUGCUGUGAUGCCACAGAUGAGUACAACAGUGGUUUUGUGUGUGAGAACACUUGCAAGGAGAUGGGGAGGAAGGAGAAGGAGAGCCUGCAGCAGAGGGCCGUGAUCGCUCAGCAGGGCUUCCUGGUGAAACAGCAGCUCAUCAACGAGGCCAAGAAGGGCCAGGAGGAGAAGAGGAGGAAACUGGCGGAGCUGCAGGAGAGCAAGGAUAGCAAGGAGGACGAGCUGGAGGCGCUGAGGACAGUCAAAGAGGCGGCAGAGGCCCCAGAAAAAGAGGCCAAGGAUCAGCACCACAAAGCCUGGGAGGAACAAAAAGAAGUCCUCCGGCUGGAAAAGGACAAAGCCAGAAUGGCCUUGGCGUUCCUGGAACUGGAUGACAACGCGGACGGAUUGGUGUCGGUGGAGGAGCUGCAGACCCAUCUCGAGCUGGACCCCGACUCCGACGGGACCCUCACAGAACCAGAGGCGCAGACCAUACUGGGAGAAGCUGCUCACGUAGACCAGACUGCUUUCCGGGACAUCGUCUGGGCCAGCAUCAAAGACAAAUACCAAUCUGAGACUGAACCAGAGACCCCUCCCCAGCCCGACACCCCCCAGGACACCCCCCGCGAACGCCUGCCUGAAGAGGAAGGGGAGGAGGAGGAGGAUGACGAAGAGGAAGGGGAGGAAGACGAAGACAUUGAUGCAGAGGACGAUGACAAGAUUCCACCUGUUGUGAGUGAGACGGAGAAGGCAGAGAAGGAAGAGGAGAUGCCUCCGUACAACGCAGAGACACAGGCCCUAAUUGAUGGUAUGUUAGCAUCCUUGUUUUCAGCCAGGCAUGGACAGAAACUGUAAUGUUUCAGAGAAUCC